GCAACCUUGGCGUUUUCUGGUUAACGGAGAAUCCUUCCGCCAGUCAAGCCGAGCUGAGCGGGAGAUUGUCAUGUAUCAUCCCUACUGGAGUGGCUGCUUCCCGGCUGCCGUUGCAUCUGGCGAUGGUACCAAUGGACCAAGUCCGCCAGGGCUCUAUACAAAUGGAUCGCGCAUGAUGAGGGGGCAGUAUAUCAAUCCUGUUGCCCAUUUCCCUGCUGUGGGAAUGGGUGGUCUACCUCCAAGACCAGGUUUGGCCCCACCAGGCAUGAUCCCACCAUUGAUUGGGGCAAUGGGUGCUCAUCAGAUGGGACAGAUGGCGCCUAUGAUUCCUUCUCUCAUGUCUGGCAUGAUGAUGACAACCCAUGUAGCACCUGGCACCUUACCAGCAGGUAUACAGCCGGGUGUAAACAGCAUGGACCCCACACUAGCUCAGUCAGCGGUUGCACCAUCACCCCUUCCUGUCAUCUCAGCGCCACCAUCUAUUACAACUAAUAGCACCGCUAAUGAAGAACCAGCCAAACCGAAAUCUAUGUGGACUGAGCAUAAAUCCCCAGAUGGCAGGACGUAUUAUUAUAAUAUUGAGACCAAGCAGUCUACCUGGGAGAAACCUGAUGAAAUGAAAAGCCCAGUGGAGCAAAUGUUAUCUAAAUGUCCUUGGAAGGAAUUCAAAUCAGACUCUGGGAAGCCAUACUACUAUAAUUCCCAGACAAAGGAGUCUCGUUGGGCAAAACCUAAGGAGCUGGAGGACCUUGAAGCAAUGAUCAAGGCAGAAGAAAGUGGAAGUGUACAAGAUCCAGCAGUUUCUGUAGCUGUUCCGCCUGUACAGACCCCUCAAGCUGCAGAGUUGGUGGUCAGCACCACCACACCCAUCUCCAUAGCUGCAGAACCAGAGCUAGUUAUGUCUACACCCACCACUCCUGCCAUAGACACUGAAAGUAUGUUGAAUGAUGUUGUAGAGGAGCAAGCGUAUUCGGUAUCUUCUUCUAUUCAAGAGAAGGAUCUGGAAGUAAGCAGCAGCGGUGUCGUAGAGGAAUUGCCUAAACAAGAGGUUUUGCCAGAUUCUGUUUCUUUAGAAGAGCCUGAUGAAGAAAAAGCUCCCAAGAAAACCUACACUUGGAACACAAAAGAAGAAGCCAAACAAGCAUUUAAGGAACUACUAAAAGAAAAGCGUGUGCCAUCCAAUGCAUCCUGGGAGCAAGCAAUGAAAAUGAUAAUCAAUGAUCCCAGAUACAGCGCCCUGGCUAAGCUAAGUGAGAAAAAGCAUGCAUUUAAUAUUUACAAAGUUCAGACUGAAAAAGAAGAAAAAGAGGAGGCCAGGCUGAAAUAUAAGGAGGCAAAAGAGAAUUUCCAGGGGUUCUUGGAAAAUCAUGAUAAAAUGACCUCCACCACCCGAUACAAAAAAGCAGAACAGAUGUUUACAGAGUUAGACAUCUGGAAUGGAAUUUCUGAACGUGAUCGACUUGAGAUUUAUGAAGAUGUCUUAUUCUAUUUGGCAAAGAAAGAAAAGGAGCAAGCAAAGCAAUUGAGAAAGAGGAACUGGGAGGCUCUGAAAAACAUACUGGACAAUAUGGCUAACGUGACCUACUGUACCACUUGGUCAGAAGCUCAGCAGUACCUCAUGGAUAAUCCUACAUUUGCUGAAGAUGAAGAACUACAGAAUAUGGAUAAAGAAGAUGCCUUAAUAUGUUUUGAAGAGCAUAUCCGUGCUUUAGAAAAAGAGGAAGAGGAGGAAAAGCAAAAGACUUUGUUACGGGAAAGAAGACGGCAGCGUAAAAACAGAGAAUCUUUCCAGGUUUUUUUGGAUGAAUUGCAUGAACACGGUCAGUUACAUUCCAUGUCUUCGUGGAUGGAGCUGUAUCCUACUGUUAGCUCGGACAUACGCUUUGCAAACAUGCUCGGUCAGCCAGGUUCCACAGCUUUAGAUCUCUUUAAAUUUUAUGUGGAGGGUCUCAAAGCUCGAUAUCAUGACGAGAAGAAAAUAAUAAAAGAUAUAUUGAGGGACAAAGGAUUUGUGGUUGAGCUUCGCACAACAUUUGAAGAUUUUGUUAUGGUUAUCAGUUCAACAAAAAGGGCCACAACGUUAGAUGCUGGAAAUAUCAAGCUUGCUUUUAAUAGUCUCUUGGAAAAAGCAGAGGCGCGGGAGCGAGAGCGUGAAAAAGAGGAGGCACGAAAAAUGAAGAGGAAGGAAUCUGCAUUCAAGAGCAUGCUAAAACAAGCAGCACCUCCUAUUGAAGUGGACUCUAGUUGGGAAGAGGUACGGGAGAGGUUUAUUAAGGAGCCGGCGUUUGAAGACAUCACACUGGAAUCUGAACGGAAGAGGAUAUUUAAAGAUUUUGUGCAUACACUUGAGCAUGAAUGCCAGCAUCAUCAUUCGAAAAACAAAAAACACUCGAAGAAAUCUAAAAAACAUCACCGUAAGAGAUCACGAUCACGUUCGGGCUCUGAAUCAGAAGAAGAGGAUGAAAACCACACAAAAAAGAAAAGACAGCGAUCGGAUUCCCGUUCGGCCUCUGAACAUUCCACUAGUGGAGAGUCAGAAAAAAGCUAUAAGAAGGCAAAAAAGCACAAGAAAAAAAGCAAAAAGAGGAGGCACAAGUCUAAUUCUCCAGAAUCUGAAGCAGAGAGAGACAGAGAGAAAAAAGAUAGAGACCGAGAAAGGGACAAGGAAAAUGACAAAGAGCGUUCAAGACAAAAAGCUGAAUCAAAGCAGAAAUCCCCAAAAAGGAAAGCAGUGACCAGGGACUCUGGACCAAACUGGGAGUCAUCCGGAAGUGAAUUAAGUGAAGGAGAACUAGAAAAGCGGAGACGAACCCUCUUGGAGCAACUGGACGAUGAUCAAUAGAAACGACUCUUUACCAAAUAUGUUUACAAGAUGUGACGAAUGCCUAAAUUUGUUUCUAGCAGGGAAUUGUCCAACCUUCCACGGAUUCAGCUGCUCCCUGUACAAAUAAUUCUCUCCAUUGGAGAACAUGCUUAAUGUUUAAAACUCGUAGUUGUAAAUUUCACUUUUUUUUUUUUUUUUUUUUUUUUCUCCCCAAAUUCUUGCCUUAACCAAUAACAGAAUGUGCCACCUGAUUUUCUGUGAACCAUUAAAUUUGACUUUGUUUUGGAUAAUAUCUAUUUAUCCCCAUUGGCUCCGGGAGGGCAGGGUGGGGGACUGGACUGUAAUUCUAGGUUAAACAAAUUCCUAUUUUUUAUAUUCAUAAUUUUUUGUAUUUUGUUUUUUCUUUUGUUGCAGCCUUUCCUCCAGUGAAUAUUCUGUGGUAUACAUUCUUCUGACUGGGCUAUUUUUGUACAUUUUUAUCAAUUAU